AUGUCGAAGAGGCAAGCCGAGAUUCCUCUCGACGAGAACUAUCCCGGAUCGCCUGCGUCGAAAAAGGCACGCGUGGAGGAUGACGCUGAAGGCGAGUUCCGCAACGGCAGCCCACCUGCGCAAUACCCCGGCGACCAGGUGAUGGGUCCAGACAAGCGCAAUGGUGCAGAUAUCUCGACAACUACAGAAUUAGAGGACCAGGAGCUGCAGGAUGCGGCAGACGAUAUUUUAGAAUCCUCUGAUAUCGACGAAGAGAUCUCCGCUCUCAGCGCGCCAAAACGACAAGCUCAGCCCAUGGAAGGUUACGAUGACCUCUAUCUUGACACCGUCAAUCGCGGAGUGUUGGAUUUCGAUUUCGAGAAGCUCUGCUCGGUCAGCCUCUCGAAUAUCAACGUGUAUGCCUGUCUCGUCUGUGGCAAAUACUUCCAAGGUCGCGGUCCCAAGUCGCACGCCUAUUUCCAUUCCCUCGAAGACAACCAUCAUGUCUAUAUCAACAUGGGAACCAAGAAGGUCUAUGUCUUGCCAGAGGGGUACGAGGUGCAGAGUAAGAGUUUGGAGGAUAUCAAAUAUGUGGUCGACCCUGUCUUCACAAAAUCGGAGGUCGUCAAGUUGGACAAGGAAGUGCAUGACGCCUGGGACCUUUCAGGGUCUAGGUACAGACCAGGAUUUGUCGGUAUGAACAACAUCAAGGCCAAUGACUACCUGAACGUUGUCGUACAGCUUUUGGCGCAUGUCCAUCCCAUCCGAAACUUCUUCCUUCUCCACGAAUUCCCGACACCAGGCACUCCUGAGCUCGCUCUUCGCUUUAGUACUCUUGUACGCAAGCUUUGGAAUCCAAAGGCAUUCAGGUCCCAUGUUUCGCCGCAUGAACUGCUACAAGAGAUCGCAAUGCGGUCAUCAAAGCGCUUUACCCUCAGCCAACAGUCCGACCCCGUGGACUUCCUAUCUUGGUUCCUGAACAACCUCCAUCUUGCCCUGGGCGGUUCCAAGAAACCGUCUUCCACGCCCACGAGUGUUAUCCAAGCUGCUUUCCAGGGUCAGCUUCGGAUCGAAAGUCAGGCUAUUACCGCACACUCCGAUACCCAAAACGCCCGACUAGUGUUCACAGAAUCUGGUGACAUCAAGAGCCAAGUCACGCCCUUCCAAAUUCUCACUCUCGACCUUCCUCCAACUCCACUUUUCCAAUCGGCGAACCGGGAGUCUAUCAUUCCACAGGUACCUCUGACCACUCUACUGAACAAGUACAAUGGCCGCGAGGCAUCUGAAAAGAUGGCUCAUCGUGUCCGACACCGCCUCCUCCAUCCUCUCCCGCCUUACCUCUUCUUCCAUAUCAAACGGUUUAGCAAGAACCGUUUUGUUAGUGAGCGCAAUCCCACUAUCGUCACUUUCCCCUCCCCACGCUCUCUCGACAUGUCACCUUAUGUCGAGCCCAACCCAUCUAUCUGCCCACCUAGUGAGCCAAUUCUCUACGAUCUCGUUGCCAACAUCAUCCUCGACCCUUCAGUCGCCGCACCCGGUGCUACCGAAGAUGCGGCCGACAAGGGCGUGAACGCUGCCUCUGGUGCUGGAGGCUCCUCGUCGGGAGCUGGUGCAGCCACUGAAAAAGUCUCUUGGCUUGUACAGUUGCACGACAAAGCAGUAUCUGCAGAGAACGCGCACCAUAUCGGUGGCGCAGAGCAGCAGCAACGAAAUUCGGAGUGGCUUGAGAUUCAAGAUCUAUUCGUCAAGCGUGCUGAGAGCGAGACUUUGUUCACACGCGAGGGCUACUUGAUGGUCUGGGAACGGAGAAAGGCUCCCGCGCAGAAGGCGAAGGGCAAGGCAAAAUAA